GCCGGCUCCACCACGAAGGCCACCGUCAACUCAAUCCCAGCACUCGCAAUGGUCAACCUCACCCUCUACUCAACCCACGCAGUCCUCCUCCUCUCCUCCACCGACGGAUCCCGCAUCCUCGCCAAGUACUACAACCAACCACACCCAUCAACAACAACCCCCUCCCCCGCAUUCACCACCCCCGCAUCCCAAAAAUCGUUCGAAAAGACAUUGUUUGAGAAGACGAAGAAGCAGGGUACGGAUAUCAUCUUGAUUGAUAACAAGGUGGUGGUGUACAAGCAGGUUGUGGAUGUGAUUAUUUAUCUAGUUGGUGGGGAUGAGGAGAAUGAGGUUAUGCUAUGGGCUGCUUUGAUGGGGUUGAAGGAGUCUCUUGAUAUUCUCAUGAGAAACCAAGUCGACAAACGCACAAUCCUCGAGAACUACGACCUGGUAACUCUCGCCGUCGACGAAAUCGUAGACGAUGGAAUCAUUCUCGAGACGGAUCCGCAGACAAUUGCGUCACGGGUAACGCGCGCACCAACUUCUGACGGCGGUGCGAUCAAGGUGGACUUGUCCGAGCAGGGAUUGAUGAACGCAUGGGGAAUGGCAAAGGAGAAGUUGGCAGACAGAAUACUGAAGGGUGGUUUCUAGACGUACGAAAGGCGGAUCUCGACUGGCAGCGGAUCGCCAUAUGAUACCCAAAUUAAUCUGAUUAGAAUGAACGAAUUCCUAAAACACCAAAAACGCCCAUCCUCAUCGCCAAAAUCCUCGCCGAAUCCCCAAAUGGAAGUGACAGACCCAACCACAACACCCCCAUCAAACCCUCCUAGUAUUCGGACCCAUCCUCGUCCUCAACACCCCAAUCUCGUCCUUAUACCCCCUAAUCAUCCCCUCCAUCGUCGCAUUCCUCGCCUCCAAGUCCAUAACCCUCUUCUCCGCCCCCUCCCUCUUCUCUCUCUCCUCCCCCAACGCCUUCCUCGCCGCAUCACGCCCCCGCACCGCACCCUCCGCUAACCGCCGUUGUCGCUCUACGGCUGCAGUGAGCGAACUAGCAAGGUCUGGUACUCGUGUACGAAGUUGAGAGAGGAGUUGGGUGAGUUCAUCCGUAUGUGAUUUCUGGGUUGCGGAGAGGAAGAGGGGU